AUGAGAUCGAUUCAUUUCAAUCCAUCAUCAUCCAAAGUAGUAUAUAAAAUAAUUAUGACAAACAUGACUCUAAUUUUGUUACUGAGGGAGGUUUUAAUUCAAGUUAUGCUACGACAUUUAUGGAUGAGAAAUGAAUACAGCCAAGAACUCCAUGGUGUGGAAAGGAAAAUUCUACUGGCAAAUCAGCUCCCAGAAGAUGCCAUUUCUUUCUCCACAAAACUGGCCGGUGUUGAAAAGAAGGAAAAUGGAAACAUUCGAGUGAAACUUCAGGAUGGUAGCAAGUUAUUGGCCAAGGUGGUAGUUGCCUGUGAUGGAAUCAGAUCCCCAGUGGCUAAAUGGAUGGGAUUUACAGCGCCCAAAUAUGCUGGUUAUUGUGCAGUUCGCGUAGUUGGACUAUUCCCCCGGGAGCCAACCAUUUGA